UCUAAUUCGCUCUCGACACCCUGCCUAUUAGUAAACUGUUCACGAGUCGAGGGCGUGCCCCCGUAGUAGCCUACAGCAGGCGGCUCUGCCAGUUCAACACAGCAGGAGAAUCGUGGUUUAGAAAUGUCACUGCCAGCGUCUGUCGCUCUCUCGCCGCUCAGACGGGUGACGCGUCUCUGUCGCCCGCUGUCGUCGGCGGUGGACAACAGUGUCCAGAGGUCCAGGCCGGGAACCCGAGAGUUAAACGUGGAAUCGUCUUCUUCGGUAAAGCUGAGGACUAUUGAUGACUUACCCGGACCCAGUCUGGCAACGACUGUGUACUGGCUAUUCGUGAAGGGUUACGCCGACAAAAGCCAUGCAAUGCAGGUGGAGCAUAGGCGACUGUACGGUCCCAUCUGGCGCUCCCGUUUCGGGCCGUUUGACAUCGUGAACGUGGCGACCCCGGAGCUCAUCGCCCAGGUGAUCCGGCAGGAGGGACGCUACCCGGUCCGCACGCUGCUGUCCCACUGGAAGGAGUACCGGGACCUGCGGGGGCAAGCCUACGGACUCCACGUGGACACAGGCCCUGAGUGGUACCGGCUGCGUAGCGCGCUGAACCCCAAGAUGCUGAAGCCCCGGGAGGUGACGGAGUUCGUGCCGGUCAUCCACGGCGUGGUCGGCGACCUGCUGACCCGUCUGGAGACGCUGCGACUGCGCAGCCCUGACCGCGUCACCGUCUGUGACCUCGCCCCGGAGCUCUACAAGUUCGGCUUCGAAGGCAUCUCGUCGGUGCUGUUUGCGACGCGGCUGGGCUGCCUGCAGGAGGACAUCCCCACGGACACACUCCGCUUCAUCAGCGCCACCAGCGCCAUGCUGCGCCUCUCCGAGACCGUCCUCUUCCUCCCGCGCUGGACACGAGCCGUCCUGCCCUUCUGGAAGCAGUUCGUGCAGGCCUGGGAUGACCUCUACGACGUCGCUCAGCGUCUGAUAGAUGGGAAGGUGGAGGAGAUGGAGGCCAGAGUGAGGGCAGGGGAGGAGGUGGAGAGUGUGUACCUCAUGCAUCUGCUGUCCAGCGGAAAAGUCACCAAAGAGGAGGUCUACAUCACCAUCACAGAACUGCUGCUGGGAGGAGUGGACACGACGUCCAACACCCUGUCCUGGACGCUGUACCACCUGGCGCGGGACGCUGUGGUGCAGGAGCGGCUGCGGCGGGAGGUGACGGGCGUGUGCCCGGGCGGGCGCCUGCCCACCUCAGAAGACCUGGCACACAUGCCCUACAUGAAGGCCGUCAUCAAAGAGACACUCAGGCUCUAUCCCGUCGUCCCAGGCAACGGCCGUGUCACUCUGGAGAAUGAUGUUGUUGUGGAUAAUUACUGGUUUCCCAAAGAGACCCAGUUCCACCUGUGUCACUACGCGGCGAGCCAUGACGAGGGCGAGUUCCCGGACGCGGAGCGCUUCGUGCCGGAGCGUUGGCUGAGAGGGACGCCCACGCGCUCCCAGCACCACCCCUACAGCUCCGUGCCCUUCGGAGUGGGCGUCCGAGCCUGCGUGGGCAAGAGGAUCGCCGAGCUCGAGAUGUACUUCGCCCUGUCACGGAUUAUGCAACAUUACCACGUCCGCCCAUGUGAGGGCGCCAGGGCCAUUCAGCCCAAGACACGGACACUCCUCAUACCAUCUCAGCCAAUCAACCUGCGGUUCCUCCCAAUCGCCUGAAGGGAGCGCUCAUGUCACCUGUUCAGUGAGAGUGCAUCAGUAGCCUGCAGUACUGCUCUGAGACCACUCGGUGGAGACCAAUCACAGAUCUGACCUAAUCACAUGGACUCCACUGUCUCACUAACACCACCACACAAACACACACUGCUUGACCUAUACUCACUCAGUGGGGACACGAUGUUUAGUGUUCCGUUCUGAACCAGGAUACACCGGCAAAGAGGGAGGUGUAGCAUGACCAGAGAUAAAUAACGUCGCUAUCAGCAGCAGGUGGAGCAGAGAAACUGAGCUGUCUACGUGCCUGUGCCCGUGCCUGUGCUGUGCCUGUGCUGUGCCUGUGCCCGUGCCUGUGCUGUGCCUGUGCUGUGCCUGUGCCCGUGGCUGUGCUGUUCUGUUCUGAGGCCUCUGUCAUGCUACGGAGCGUGGUCGGGGCCAUUUGGACGGCACAGGUCCAGGGUCAGUGACUAAGUUCCACAGUCCCUUUUCUAUUCUUUUUGGAGUAAAAUUGAGAUGUGUGUAAACUAACACAACACACUGAUGUCGGGUCAGUUCAGUAGCUCCCAUUUCUUUUGUGGAAUCAGAGUGAAAAAAUCUAACCAGAUCUACUUUGAUGACCAUGGUGAAUAUUCCAGUUGAAGAACUGAUGAUGUACCAUGAUCUGCCAUAUUUUCCAAAUGAUUUUUGAGCGCAACACACUGGGCUCUAUUGGAUCAAGAACACGAAGGGAACAGUUCUGUUGCUGUUAAGGAUGCAUUUGUUGAGUUGGCCCUCCGAUAGUCCCCCUAAAACACUGAGCUCACCGCGCCAGCAUCACCACUACCUUCCCAGAGGUUACGGGAUGGAAUGGAAUAUGGACUUUCACAGAUGGACCGGUUCCUUGGUUUCAGCAGACUUCUUCAUCCCAUUCCACCAGCUCAUGCACUUUGUUUGAAAUGUUUAAACAGGUUAAAUGAUAUUAAAGUUUCCUGUUGGGAGCUGAAAGUCACUGUUAAAGGGCCUGUGUUGACGUUUGUGAGAUAAAUGAAUGCAAAAGACUGCCUGGCACAUCAUGAGCUAAGCAGAAGCCCAGAAGACAUUCCUAUCCCUGUGCUUUCAGAGAGAUAUGAGCAUUGUAACACUGGACAUGUAUUAUUUGUUUAUCUUUUCAGUAAUUAUUGCAGUUCCUAGUAAUAAUAAUAAAUAAUAAUAAUAAUAAUAAUAAUAUCGAGUAAUAAUAGUAUUCAGAUUCUGUUGCUUUCCUGUGCAGGAAUACAUGUACAGUACUACUCAUCUCUCUGUUAUGAAUGUGAACAUUUGCAGUGUAUGAAUGGAUGCACAUCUACAGUAUAUCAUUUCCACAGGUGCUGGAUAUAUGGGCACACCGUCUUACAUGCUCCCGGUUAAAUGGGUACAAGGACACAGGAUGUUUAUUUGUCACAUGCAUAUGAUUACUAAUGUAAAGAAUGCAGUGAAAUGAUCAGUUCCUCUGCAUUCUUCACAUUAGUAAUCAUAUGUGUGUGACAAAUAAACAUCCUUGUAUCCUUGUUGCGUGUAGCAGGUAUACCUGAGUGGUCCAAACCUUGUACUUUGUAUAUUAAACCGGGAGCUUGUAA